ACAUACUCACGAUAACAAUCACACGCAGUGACAACCAUUCAAUUCAAAGGGGUGAUAUCCCUUCGAGUGUGCCAAACCGUAAUCUUAUCUUGCUAUAUUACGAAGCGAAAGAAAACUCAGUAUAAAAUGCACCAUUGCGGAGCACGAAACUAACAGUUUGUUACCCUAGGUUGCAUUUUACCGGUCCCAAUCCACCAUGGAUCUUUACUAUUUCUCACUCUCCCCUCCGUGCUGGUCUGUGCUUCUGUUAGGUCACCAGCUGGACAUCAAAUUCAAUAUGAAACCGAUCGACUUCUUCUCGAAAGCUCACCUGAAGGAGGACUUCAUCAAACUGAAUCCUGUUCACAAAGUUCCGACCCUGCAGGAGGGAGAAUUCACGCUCAGUGAAUCGCGGGCCAUCUUGUCCUACCUGGUCGACGCUCACGCCCAAGGCAGCCAUCCUUUGUACCCGAGCGAUGCCAAGGUUCGGGCGUUGAUUCAGCAGCAGCUGAACUUUGAUUUGGGCAUAUUCUACCACCGGAUUUACGAUUACUGUUCCCCGCUGUGGAAGAGCAAGACCACAGGGUCGGAGGCCGAUCGCGAGAGACUUCACGAGGCGCUUGGGUUUCUGGAGGCAUAUCUCGGCAGAACGCGUUACGUCGCUGGCAAUGGGCUGACCAUUGCGGACAUAUCGAUGAUGGCCAGUGCCUCGGUGCUGGUUGCUUGUAAAUUUAGUUUGGAAAAAUUCCCAAAAGUUUUCGCGUGGUACGAAACGUGCAAGAAGGAACUGGUGGGGUAUCAGGAUGUGAUGGGACCGGCAUUCGAAGGAUUCGCGAGGUUCGUCGGUAAACCGACGCACUGAGUUGAAGGUGUUGGAUAAGUAACCGAUGAAUUAGUUUUUAUAUUGUAGCAAGCCAUGAAUGUAUUAAUGAAUAAAUUUUCUCUUGUAUCCAGCCAUCAUACCAAA